UCCCCGGGCGGGCGCGGGCAGUGCCACCGGAGGCCCGGCGGUUUCAGAGCUUCGCCCGGGACGACGAACCGCAGACGACCUGUACGCAAAACUCGGCCGUGCGUUAUCUGGAGGCUACGCUGUCCUCCGUAAGUGUCAUUAAAAUAUAAGCGAGGAAGAUAGCAAAAAAAAAAAAUACAAAGGUUCGAGAGGUCUUUCGCAAGACGAAAAAAAUUGGAAAACGAAGAGACUUGACUCCUUUCUCUCGCGUCGAGUAUUAGCAACGGCAACGUAUCGUUUACGCGACGUAACAUAAUAUGUGAUACAGUGUCGUCGCAAAGGUGCCAAUCGGAUAAGAUAGACACUUUCACGAGUUGGGAAAAUAAAGAGAGAAAGAAUAUUGCGAGAAGGUGUCGCUGUCGGUGGAGCUGUGCAGUGGAAAGAGAAAGAGGAGGAAGAAAGACAUGAACGACGUCUGGUAGCGACACCGACUGCGGAGGACGAACGCGGUUGAGAUGACGAAGGAUUAGGAGAAACUGAGAGAAAGAGAGAGAGAGAGAGAGAGAGAGAGCAAGAGAGAGAGAGAGAGAGAGAGAGAAAGAAGCAUUGAACGCGCGCGCGAGCAAUAGAGAAAGAGAGAGAGAGAGAGAAAUAACAGGCUAGAGAGUGGCGUGGUGCACCAGGACGGUGUGGUGCGCGUUGUGAGAUGUCAGUUGACCAUCAGUCGAAGACAUCCACGUUGUCGUCGUCGUCGUCGUCGUCGCCGUCACCGUCGUCGUCGUCGUCUUCGUCGUUGUCGUCGUCAUCAUGAGGAGAUCCUCUUACGUCAACUAUUACGUCCUGUGCCUCGUCUGUUGGAUCCUUUUGGGUAUUACCGGUGUGAGCACCAGAUCGCAUUCCUUGGUGAAGAGGUUCGACGGGAUUUACACGGGUCCGUAUUUCGACUCGAACUCACCGACGAACAUAACGGCGCAACUAGGCUCUCAUGCGUACCUACCGUGCAAAGUGCGACAGCUCGGUAACAAAUCGGUCUCGUGGAUCAGGAGAAGAGACUCGCACAUACUCUCCGUGGAUAGGACCAUGUUCAUCCCCGACGAGAGGUUCCAGGCGAUCUUCGCGGACGCGUCGGACACUUGGACGUUGCAGGUGAAAUACGUCCAGGCACGGGACGAGGGCGAAUACGAGUGCCAAAUCUCGACGGAUCCGAAGAAGAGUCACAUUAUCAAGCUCAACAUCGUCGUGCCAAAAAUCGAGAUCCUGGGAGACCGGGACAUGUACGUGAAAACUGGAAGCACGGUCGCAAUACGUUGCAUGAUAAAGCAAUCUCUCGAGGGGCCGUUCUAUGUCUUCUGGUAUCACGAGGGCGAUCGCGUUCUCAAUUAUCAGCAGGGUAAGAUCGACAUCCAGACUAAAAGGAUCGAUCACGAUACGGUUAGCAGUCUCGUGAUUCGCAACGCCAGGCGGGAAGACUCUGGUAAUUACACCUGCAGUCCGAGUAAUUUGGACAGUGCCAGCGUGCAACUUCAUGUUCUGAAUGGAGAACAUCCAGCGGCGAUCCAAAGAGGAAUCAGCUCGGCUCCUGGCGGUUGUCAUACGUUUUGGUGGUUCGUAGGAGUGGUCACGCUCUACUCGAGUCACGGAAGUCGAAACUACAUCCUUGUCCUCCUGGCCAUCAUGGUCCUUUACUCGAAAAAUCCAUCUUACUUUACGCCGGAACGAUAAUCAGGAUCAUCGGGAAGGACCAAGCACGAACGAGCGAGCGAGCUAGCGAGCUAGCGAGCGUGCGCGCGAGAAUCGAUUAUCUUCGGCCAUGAAACGUUGUGUCUCUUAACCUCACGUCGAAGGGAUUUCUUGGGAAGGAGAAAGAGAGAGAGAGAGAGAGAGAGAAGGGGAGAGAUAGGAAUAAAGAUUUCCAUCGAUCGUUCGAUAUCGAGAAGAUGCUUGAAAAGCGUUAAAGUUAGGAUGUGACAAGAAUUCGAAGAGAAGAACAGGGUCGAGAGAAUCGAAAACUUCUGUACGGACACGCGAGAGAGGAAAAAAGGACGAGAGUCGACGAGUUCGGAGAAGAACGAUCAUCGUUUCUAAAUCGUCGCUGCAGACUGACCGCUAAUUUUUUUUUUUUUGCAAGCGAGCCGAAAGGAUAAUCGGAGAGUGCGAGAUAUUAGUCGUUGAUCGUUCGUUGAAGUGGCGAUUCAUUCGAGGAAUAAUGGUCUAAAAAAUGAAAAAGGAAAAAAAAGAAAAAGAAAAGGAAAAAAAAAGAGCGAACAAUCUUGGUACCGAGAUAUUGCACAUUUAUAGCGUAAACCUUUGAAGUUACAGUCUUGUCAAUCGAUCAGCAAUAUCAAGGUCCAAAAUUCUUUCCGCGGGAUGAAAUUCUAAAAUUAUUAGAGAUGCAUUUCGUCUAUCGAGACAGUAUGAUCCGGCCGUUAGUAUCUUAGGUAUUAGAUAACUCGUGACGAUUUUUCGUUGGAUUCGCGCGAGUUUCUCGAGCAGGUCGUGACUUCUCACGGCCGGCUACCUUGUAUACGAGAACGUAUUACGCGAGGAUCGUGACCAAUUUCGUUAUUUCAAUAAACGACGGAUGGAGUAGAAGCCUACGUUCUAUUUUUAAAGAAUAUACGAACGAAGAAAGAAGCUAAAUUCAGCAACGAAAAAUUAUAUAUCUGCGAAGCGAACCGAUGGCACAACGAUCAUUAUUAUUUCCUUUGCUUCAGACGCUAUACUGUAUCACGAUCUUCCCGUUUUCGUGCUCCCGUAUUUGUGGAGAAAGUUCAAAGAAAUAAGAAAAAAAAAAAGAAAUAUAAAGAUCUCGAUAACGAGAUGCCCCCCCGAUAAUCGAUGAUCGCGCGUCACUAGAACGAUCGUGGAGGUCCUGUCGAGGUCAUCGAAGGGUUUCGUAAUUUCUGUUAAUUACCGACUAUGAAGUCACGAGUCGACGGUAGUUAACGAUGGAAGAAUAACGCGAAAGAAUGAAAGAGAGAGAGAGAGAGAGAGAGAAUGAUGUAAGACAAAAGAAACUUCGUCCGCGCCACUCGAAAGAAUUGAAACUUGUUCGAUGAAACUUGUAAAGACGAUGUGAUUAAUUAUAUUUCCAUAGCGAUCGAUUAGCAAAGCGUGUCUAUACUCGACGUCUAUACCGUUUUCAUUGCAGGAUCGUAGCGAGAGAUCGUAGCGAGAGAACGUGGCGGCUACAAACCUUUUUGCUUGCUUUCCUUUUUUGUCUUCGUUUGCAAUCGGGCCGAGAAAAUCCUCCCUCCAUCGUCGAUGAUGGAUUAGACGUAACGCCAAAAACGUCGCGAGUCGAGCCAUCCUACAGCGAGAUCUUUUUUACCCGAGAGCGAAAAUCGAUUUAUCGAUACGAAAACGACGAGCACCUCUAAUUAACCGAAAAGAAAAACGUUCAUAUCAAAUGUCGAUGUCGACCCUUCAUAUCAGAUCUUUUUCCGAAAUCGUUUUCGUGAUCUUCGCUCGAAGUUGAUCAAAGUCGACGAAAUCGAGAAGUUCGUGGCGUUUAAUUAAAGUCAUCGAAUAAUUAAUCUUUCUUAUCGAAAGAAAAAAAGUCCCUUGGAAAGAAACGCGUUUUAAUUCCUCUCGUCCUCGGUCAAAGAUUCGUUCUAACGACUUAACGCGUAAACUGGAAGAUGGAAAAGAAAGAGAAAAUGAAGUGAUUCUCUCGUGUCGAUCCACGAUGUCACGAGAAUGUGACAGUCGGUAAAAAAAGCGCAUUGAGUAUACACACGAAACAUCGAAAUGUGUCAUGUAACCGUGCGUGCGUGCGUGCGACUCCUAGAGUACUACAAAAGGUGUCAAACCUCUCGCUUUUUUGCUUUUUUUUCUUCGUCUUUUUUCGACCAUUAUCAUUUAACAACCGAUUCGUCGUUGGUGGAAAGAGGAAGGAAAGAAACGGCUUUCAUCUUGUAUCUCGCGAUCCGCACGGACGGCUACACAAUGACAAGGACGGAUACAAAGCUUUUUGAAAAGGGCUCUCUUCCGUCGAUGAGGCCCUUUCGUGAGUUUGCUUUACUUCUCGCGAGUAUUAGGGAGAGUACUGUUUUUUAUAAUAUUAUAUAUAUAUAAAUGAAUAUAUAUAUAUAUAUAGGUAUCUAUAUAUAUACAAACGGAGCAGAUAAAUAUAUAUAUGUAUAUGUGUAUGUAUAUGUGUACGCGCGCAGAUACGUUGCACAAUGGUGUUGAGUAUUGAACAAGUUUCAGCUCGUCGAGUAAACCAGAGGCGCACAUCCAACGGGAAGUUACGAUCCCUUCGACGGAGAGAGGGCAUCGUCGCGAAAGUGUCACGAGAAGAUCGUAGGGUGUCGGCUGAUGUAUUUAGUAGCGAGUAACGAAGGAAAAGGCGACGAAGAAAAUUAUCGAGUAAGAGAAAGUAAGAGAAAGAAAGGGAGAGAGAGAGAGGGGAGGAGAGAGGGAGGGAGAGAAAGAGAGAGAGAGAUGAACGAUACGUUUAGAAUAUCUACGAUUCAUGUGAUUGUAAAUACAUAGUAUAUAAAUAACGUAACGUUAACUAACGAUAUGCCGUACGUGUUACACUAAAGAAACAAAAAAAAAAAAAAAGAUAAAUAACGUUACUGUGUAAUUUUUCGGAUCGUAAACGCAUUGGAAUGGGUCUGGCCGCCUGUGCUAACCGGUUUGACGUAAUCGUGUAAAAGAAAAGAAAAGAUAAAAUUAUAAGAAGGAAAGAAAGAGAGGGAGAGAGAUUUCCCGUCGGAACAAUAGCGAUUUCAACCUUUCAUAAAAUCGCGAAACAAUAGUAAAAGUCAUAAGAACUUUGAUUAGUCCAUUCUUGUGAAUUUUGUUUUCUUCCACGAGUCGUGUUCCGUGCGGCCGAUCUCUCGACGAUACGAAUUUCUCGCGAUAAUGAGAUAGAGAAGGCGGCACACAAUCGCGCGCAUGUUCCUUCUUGUGCGCGAUUGCUCGAAAGAGAGAAAAAAGAAAAGGCGAGAACGGUAGGACGCGUUUAUCCUCAAUCGGAUAAAAAGGGUCCGAGGAUAGCACGGGCCGGCCACACGCGACUAGAUGUAACACACUAAUUAACGCCUAGCGUAAGACUUAAACGGAUAUAAAUGAAGAUAUAUUGUCUGAUAUAAUAAGAAGAAAGCGUGCGCGAGUGCCUCUGCGAGUGCGUGCGUGUAUUUGCGUGCUUGGAUGGGUGAAUGCCUUGCGUACAAGAGGAAUAAAAAAAUAUGGGAAAACGUGUGGAGAAUGAGUGUGCGUUCGUUGAAUGUGCAAACGAGCGGUCGAAAGAUAGAUAAGGAGAGAGAGGGAGAGAGAGAGAGAGGGGGAGGGAGAAAGAGAAAGAGAGAGAGAGAGAGAUAGCGAGAGGUUCGUUGGACUGACGCGACAAGGCGUUGGUCGAAUGACGCACUUUCGAAUAAAAAGGGGCGACUGGGGACAACUUCUUGUAUCUUCCUUUCCUUCUUCCCGCGCCUCGCGAGGCCACUCUUCGUAGACUUUGGAGAUAAAAGAAGUAGAAGAGGAGGUGGUAGCAGCAACAGCAGCAACAGCACCUCGAGGCCACAAUUAAAACACGCGCAGCUCCGUUUCGCGUUUUUCACGCGGCCUCCCCUCGCCGGGUGGAAGAAGGAAACUCGUAACGUGUUCGUCCUCGUCGCUCCUUUGUUAACGAGAAAGAAGAAAUGAAAAGAGUGUAUGUGUGUAAGAGAGCGAGCGAGCGAGCGAGCGAGCGAGCGAGAGAAAGAAAGAGAGAGAAAGAGAGAGAGAGGAAGAGAAACACGAGAUAAAGCGAAAUGAGGUAACGGCGAAGAGAAAUAAAUAGACACACAUGUACGCAUACACGAUACACACAACACGUAAACAUACACAAGAACACACGUCGUCUAGGGUACAUAAACUAUAACGUCGUAGGCAGCAUUGAAUUUUUGUACCAACGUCUAUUGUAGCUCUUAAGUGUCGCGAAUUCUUACGUUCUCGUACGACGACGGUGAGGCCACCGCCGUUCGUUGGUUUUUUGGUUUUCUCGAUGAAGCCAAAGCGGGCAGCGGACUCGGAGAAGGCACAAGAUGCGUUUUUUCGUCGAUCGAGAUUAAUCGAUAACCUUUGUAAACAUCUUCUUAUCGGCGUUCCAAAAAUCGGAGCUCCGAUUUUUGUCGAACGAUCCGUAGACUCGUUUCGAGAAGGAUCGAUCGAUCCGAAAACGUUGAAAGCGCUCGAUCCGCUCCCCUUGGUUCAAUCGACCAAGAUCCACGUCGAUUCCCGAGAGUCGCGGUACGAAUUUCGAGAGAAAGAAAGACGGAGAGAGGAGAAAGAGAGCAAUUUAAUUCGAGCGACGCUUGACCGUCCUAAAAGUUCGUCUAUGUGCUCUUACGCGUCUAUAGUCGUGUUAAAACUUUUGUGAUAGCGUUAACGAGUCGAAUCAGCGCGUAAGAUUCGAUCGUGAUGGUUGAACGGAUGAGAAGAAAAUUGAUCGGUGGCCCGGAACGAUCAAAAAAAGAAAAAAGGAACAGGGAGAGAGAAAGAGAGAGACAGAGAGAGGGGGAGGGAGAAGGAGAGAAUAGCGAAAGCGGCACUCGGUGGAGAAUUUGUCCGUCUCGAAACUGGGUUGCCGAAUAAAGAUUUUAGCGUUGGAGCUAGGAAAACGAAUCUCCGCUUCGGCGCGAGACAAAUUUUUUGUCCGCGUCAGAAGGUUCGAAGUCUGCCUGCGAUUUUGACAACUUUUCUCUCCGAUCUCUACGAUUUAUUUCGUCGGAGUAAGAAAUAUUUCGCCGCGUAAACUUCGACGUUGAUUCGACCGUAGGGAAUACGUUUUACGAUCCAAUUUAGGAUCGUUCGCCGGUAAUAGAGCUCUUUCCUUUGCGCGUGUAACCCGAUCGCUGAAAGUACGUUUAGCUGCCAAGGAUCGGAUGGAAGAUGAGACUCGUAGUACACUUUCGUUGUCGAUCGAAACCCUCGGGACGACAAAACGAUUUUUCUUGCGUUUCCUCGAGAAGAAACGCAAGAAGAAUCAGAAAAGAUCGAAGCUCCUGAAAUAAUUGGGUCUCGAGGUAUGGAAAAGAAAGAAAUUUGAAAAGGGAUACCCCGGGAACUUCGAUCUGAAAUUGUUUAUCCAACGAGCGAUUGAUUAUUUCUCAAGAGUCCUCCGAUAUAACGAUCGUCACGUUAACAAUACGCGGCAAACACACGUAGCGAAGGGUCUAAUUAAUCGUUAAUACGUCAUAUCUGCCAAUUCGAACGUUCGACGAAAAAUACGAUGCGGAGAAAUGGAAAAGGGAUAUAAAGGAGAAAGGAGAUCACUUUGUCGAGCGAGCGAAUAAGCGGAAGUCGAAUAAAAAUAAAGAAAAAUGAAAAAAAAAAAAGAGAGGAAAUAAAAAGUACGAAGAAAACAUUGAGAAAAAAAAAUUCCUCGAAGAAAGCCUCGUCUCGUGGAUUCUAAUUCGUACACCUUACGCGCUUUAUGGUUUAACGAGAAUAAACUUUAAAGGAUCUACGAGAUGAUGCCGAGGACUGCGAAAAAGAGGACGAAAGAAGAAUGAGCGUGAGAGCGGCGUGAAAGUCGGGAGUGCCUGGCGGAAUGGCUGAGCAAGAAAAAUAAUAAAGGAAAAAAAAAAGAAAUCAAUGUUAAAACCGAUCAUUAUCGAUUCGCAAGUUUAAAAGAAAAAAAAAAAAAAAAAACAGGUCUUCGUUAUCCGCCAUUUUCACACGUAUAAGUUUGAAUCUCGUUUUGUACAGGUGUGGACGGUACGCUCCUGGGGCAUCGCACCCUUUAAUCAUCUUCCAGUUUUAUUUUCUACUUCGAAACCCAGACGAAUUCAUUUCUCUUUUUACUUUGAUCUAUAUAACUAUGAAAUUAUCUGGGUAUCAAGGGAGGACCGUUCGUUCGGUCGAAGAAAUGAAACGGUGCCCUUGGAGCAAGCUCCACGUUGAGGUACACUAUACGUACAAGUUUGAACGUUUCCGUUUUCGAUCUAUCGUGGCAAAGGGAGAAAAAAGAACUGCCCCGUUCUAUGUGUGUAAGAACCAUAAAGCUUAAUGAAGAACAUUAUACUAUGAACUUACGGGAUACUAAAUAAAAGUAAGCCAAACCGUU